AUGAGUUUGAGCGGCGCUCCCUCUAAAGCGGAGGUGAUGGGAUGGGGCCCCGUGAAUCUGGCCAAUUACAUGGGCAAGCUCAAGCUAUCAGGCUGUGACAAAUAUGUGUUGAAGCAGCGCAUAAGUGGAGCCUGGUUCAUGGAAAUGAGUGUGAAUGACCUUCAAGCGUUUCCCAGCCUUUAUGUCCCAUUGGUUGCAAAGAUUCAAAGUGAAAUCAACAAGGGGGAUCAGAAGAAGGCCAUUGGCGAUUUAUCAGAGGCAUCAAAGAACCCGAAAAAAGCUGUUGUUCAAGAACAAGACGACUGGGCCUCCGAUGAGUCUGACGAUGGAGGUGAUAACGACUAUGAAGAUGGAGGGGAAGGCGGCUACAUCUGUGCUGUGACCGAGCCACAAGACAACGAAGAUACCUACGAAGUGGCCAUCAAGACCUUCCCCUCUGCAGACACGAGGAAGGCGCCCCAACGUCCCAGAGAGGUUACGCUUCAGGACGGCCUCUGCAGAGGUGACACUAAGCAACCCAAAUAUAUUCGCUUCUCUCCCUGCCUCGCUCGGCAUGUUCCGAACAUACAUAAAACUAUUAAAACUCUCGUGUCCGUGUGGGCGAGCAGAUUCUGUUCACGGGGUGGUCCCUGCUGGGAAGACCAAGAAACCUCCACUGCCCUGUCGCCCGAGGAAGAAGCUGCCGCCCCCGAGGCCUUUCAGACCACCAGGUGACCGUAGAUUUACAGACUUCACAGACACUUGACCUACUGGUGAUGAUGUGGAGGAACU